CCCUUCCUCACCUGCUCUAUCAUCCACAGCCUCUCUCUCUUCCCCACUGCUUUCCCUUUGCCUAUGUGUGUUUGUGUCUGAGCGUGUCUGCAUGUGAGUCAGCUGCAUCCUCUGCACCUGGGACAUUACCUCCAGUCUCCACAGGGGAAGCUGCAUCGCUGACACUAGUUGUUUACCUCAGGAAAAGAUCCUGUUCGUCGGCUCUUCAGAUUUGUCAGUCAGGGUUCCAAGCCAGAAUCUCUGCGGGUGUGUAAGAGAGGAGAGGGAGGUCAACAUGGGCUCCAGCUCCUCCUCCUAUGCUCCCAAAACAAUUUACCUGGAUGUGGAUGGGAAGGUGCAAAAGGUGGUGUUCAGUCGGCACUGCAGUCCAUGUGACAUCAAGGAGCUUCUGUGUUCCUCAUCUAACAUCCCCAGGAACACUGCCAUCAUGAUGGUGGACCCAGAAGGUGCCUUGGUCUCCAUAGAUCCCACCAUGCCCACCAACUCUCCAAACUCUUUGUACAAAGUUGUCCCUCUGUCUACUGGUCAACUUGGAGAGAAGGAAGACAUGUUCCAGAACGUGUUGUCCCAGGUGGCUGAGCAGUUCAGCAGAGCCUUUCGCAUCAAUGAGCUGAAGACCGAGGUCACCAACAGGCUAGCCAUGCUGGAGAAGAGAGUGGAAUUGGAGGGCUUGAAAGUGGUGGAGAUUGAGAAGUGUAAAAAUGAUUUAAAGAAGCUACGAGAUGAGAUGACUUCAAGAGGUGGUGGCAGAGUAAACUGUCCAUGCAAAUACAACUUCUCAGACGAUGGAAAGAAGGUCACUCCUAGACGAGAUGUCCCCAAUUACCCAAAGUACACACUGUCUCAGGAGACUGUUGAGGCACUGAAGAAGCCAACAUUUGAUGUGUGGCACUGGGAACACAAUGAGAUGCUGAGCUGUCUGGAGUACAUGUACCAUGACUUGGGGCUAGUGAAAGAAUUCAACAUGAACCCUAUCACACUCAAACGCUGGCUGUUGGCAAUUCAGGAGAACUACCGUAACAACCCUUUCCACAACUUUCGUCACUGCUUCUGCGUUAGCCAGAUGAUGUAUGGCAUGAUUCACCUCUGCAACCUACAGGAGAAGCUGACUCUCACAGAUAUGGGCAUUUUAAUGACAGCUGCAGUGUGUCAUGACCUGGACCACCCUGGCUACAACAACACGUACCAAAUCAAUGCCCGUACGGAGCUGGCAGUGCGCUACAAUGACAUAUCUCCGCUGGAAAACCAUCACUGUGCUGUGGCCUUCCAGAUCCUUUCUCUUCCUGAGUGCAACAUCUUUGCAAAUGUGGAUCCUGAGGCAUUCAAACAGAUCCGACAGGCAAUCAUCACACUCAUUCUAGCCACUGACAUGGCCAGACAUGGGGAGAUACUGGACUCCUUUAAGCAAAAAGUGGACAACUUUGACUUCACCAAUGAAGAGCAUGUGACAUGCCUGAAGAUGGUUUUGAUCAAGUGCUGUGAUAUUUCCAACGAAGUGAGGCCGACUGAGGUAGCUGAGCCGUGGGUGGACUGUCUAUUGGAGGAGUACUUCAUGCAGAGUGACAGGGAGAAGUCUGAGGGCCUCCCAGUGGCUCCCUUUAUGGACAGAGACAAAGUCACCAAACCCACCGCUCAAAUUGGAUUCAUCAAGUUUGUCCUCAUUCCAAUGUUUGAAACUGUCAUGAAGCUUUUCCCUCAGAUUGAGGAGAUCAUGGUUCAACCUUUGAGAGACUCUCGUGACCACUAUGAGGAGCUGAAACAGAUUGAUGAUGCCAUGACAGAGGGGUCUUCUUUUGUGAUCAAAUUCAGGAAAGACUUUAAAAAACACGACUGAGGCCUCAGUGAAGACGUCCUACGCUGUGUUCUGAAGAUGAAAGAUGGAGCAGGAGGGAGAGAAAAGAGAGACAGACUGCUUGGCUACAUACUGAACUAAAUUUAGGCAUCAAGGUGGCAUAUCUUGAACUUUGACUUAGACUUUUGCACUGGAUGUAACGGAGAGGGACCUGCUUACCUCUCUGCAUAUUUAUGGUGUUUAUGUUGUUCUCUGUACUCUUUUUUUAAUUUCAUAGCACCUCAAGAGUUUGAAGGCCCAGUUUCUCACAAAAUGAAUAUAUAACCUCAUCAUGAAAUUGAUUACAGUGCAUUUUAAAAACGUAAUGGCAGCAGAAUUGGCUUCAUAUACCAAUGCAUAAACAAGAAAUUUUGAUUUCUUUUUUCAAAAUUUUCCAGUAGAAAAAUAAAAUGCACUAAAGUGGGAUGGUUUCACCUCACCAUAGCAAUAAAUUGUAGACCAACAUGGUGCACCGAGAGUUUUCCAAAGAGUAAUGCAGCUUCGCACCUUCACUUUUUUUGUCCACACACCAUAAGGGGUUCAUUAAGCUAUCACAAUUUUCAACACUUUUUAAUAAAAUAAAACUAUGUGGGGGUCUGAAUUGUUCAAGGUGUUACACAGUUUGUCCUGUAAAAAAAAAAGAAAAAAAAAGAAAAACUUUAAUAUCUCACAAUACAUGUAAAACUGUGCUUUGAAUGUCUGUUCCUCUGUCACACUCUGUGAGUUAUUUCAUAUAAAGGCUAGACAAUGCACAUUUCAGAGUGUCUUCUAUUUUAAAUGGGGCAUCUGUUCAUCCACAGUGAGUCAAGUCACUUUAUGUAGUAAAAACAUAUUUGAAAACAAAUUGACCAAAUUUUGUUAGAAAAAAGUCCAGAAAUACACUUACGUAAUUUAAAUGAAUCAUAACACCCAUACAAUGAUCACACAGUAGAGUUUUAACACAAUAGAGUGAAGCAGGUUCUCUAGGGUUGGAGAUGGACUUCAGUAAUCAGCAUGAACGCAUCUCCAUGUGACUUGUUACAUGUUAUUCCUUCCUGACCGGAAAUAGUAAUUUGACAAAACAAUCCCAUCCCAGUUUUUUCUGGUACUUCCAACUGUAUUACACAGCCUCCAUCAGGAGCUCGGUUUAAAAUGAAAUAUCAAUAUCAUGUCAACCUCAUGUCAACCUGAAACGUUAUAUCUGAAAACCUUAUUUCUGUUUUACACAACAGUCAAACAAUUUCUCCUUUUUGACAGCACAGACCGAUACUUUAUUUAACCCAAGGUGUAAGACUGCAUUAAUUGUUGUGCAGACAUUACAGUUGUGCAUGGCUUUUUAGCUCAUCGUCCUGAUUGAAAUACAUUUUAUUACCACAUUUUGUCCUUGAGGGCUAGAAUACAGUCAACAUGUGUUGAAAUAUGACUAGUUAUCCAGUCAUGCACCACCCAAAGGUGCCACUUAUCUCAGCCCACACCACGCCCCUCUCUAUCUGUCUACAUCUUCCCUUUAAGCCAUAUCAGAUCUGGGUGGUUUCCCUCCAUCUACUUACUCCACAGUGCUUUUAUUACUGUGUUUUUUGGCAACAUGUUGCCAAUUACUCCAGAGCAGUUAUUGCUUCACCUGCUGGCCUCAUCUCACACUCAUCAAAUACCACCUACAUAGCUCUGAAAAAAACAUAAUACAUAAUACAGAGUAAUGCAUAGUAUGAAUCACCAAAGACAUAAUUCAUACUGUAUCCGUUUGUUUAGGUUGGUCGCACAUUCAAAAAUCAAGCAGGAGAACGACUGAAGUUCAGUUUUCACUCCUCUAGUCUGUAGCUUCAUUUAAUAAAUCUCACUGUUUAUUCACAUGCUUCUUUUGGAUUAACCUGAUCUUUUGAGUGCAUACCACUGCAAUCCCACUUGUAAGCUCAUGGUCUCAAAGCAAUAAAAAAAGGAAGGAAACAGCAGACCACAUGUUAUUGUCACAGCUGAGAUGAGAGAAAGUGAGUAAACAUAUACAAGUGUGUGUUGUUUGAAUGAACAUAAAUACCCGUCACCUUCUCCAAAUAGCGUGACAGAGUGUAUUGACAGUAACCUGCAGGAAUGCUCUGAUUAAACAACAAGCUGUCUUA